AAACAACAUGGCGGCAAGCGGGAAUGUUGAAGUUGUUUGGAAGAAUUUAAUGAACUUCUUAAUUCCCGAGUCUCCUCAAGUACCAGACCCUUUGGAGCAGUUCACUCAAAACCCACUUGUGUCUGCUCGUUUGCGAGACUGGUUUUUGGAAAAGUUCAAGAAAGAUUUGAAGGAUAAAUUUCGAUCACAAUUUUGGUCCUAUUUCCAAGAAGACAAAGAGGUUGAAGCAAAAGAAUUAAACACCUUGCUAUGUGCAGUGGGAGAUCUCUGUGGAGGAAUAUCAGCAUACAGGCCAUUUGUGGAUCUCCUUCAAUCUUUGACAGGAUCACUUCCAUUGGGUGAUCUCAAUCUGCAGUUUGAAAGACUUGUGAGAGCUAUUAUCUUUUGUGAUAUACCUGAGCAUUUCAGAGGCAUUGUACAUGCAUCUUACACACAAGCAUUUCAAGCAUACCAAGUCAAAAGUAGAAAAGAUAGUAAAAUGGACACAUCAGGUGCAUCGUCACCAGGUGCUGAUGGUGAAGAUGAAGAUGAUGAUGUGGAAUCACUGACUUGCUCGGGUUGUUCUAAAGACAAGGACUGUUGUCACUGUGAAGGCAUGAUUGAAGGAUUUUCACAACUCAACAGGCAGCUUAAUGUACUUGGACUAAUGAAUAAAGUUGCUGAACCAGCUUUCCUAUCAGUCAUUCACAGGGAGAUUCAAAGAAAAAUUGAAGAAAAGUGUAAAGGCGAAUUUGAGUCAUCCUUUUUGUCUUCCUUGUUACACUGGGUUGAUACAGAACUGUGGGGCUGGCUCUCGUUAAUUUUUCAAACUCAAGCAAGUGCUUAUCCUAAGAGAAGCAAAGAAGAGUUAUUCAAGGAUGCAGUAAUGCAUACAGACACAUCACUUGAUAUGUGGAAACCCAAACUGAAGUACUUUAUGUACAAGUCAUUUGCUGACCUAAGAAUCAGUGAAUUGUUCACCAUAAUAGUGGAAUAUCCUGACUCUCUCCCUGCAAUUAAAGAUCUAAAGUCAUGUUUAGAAGUUACUGACCAAAGAAAAGAGCUCAUAGCAUCCCUCAGAUCUGCGUUUGAGAGACGUUUACUUCAUCCUGGUGCCAACACAUCAGACAUUCUAACUCAGUAUGUGUCAGCCAUCAGAGCUCUCCAUGUGCUUGAUCCAUCUGGAGUGAUUCUAGAACAGGUCUGUUUACCUGUCAGGCAAUAUCUCAGAACUCGUGAGGAUACUGUACGCUGUAUUGUGACAAGUUUGACAGAUGACAGUAGCACAGAACUUGCAGAGGAACUAAUGCGAGGAGAUCCACGCACCGUUGAUGAUUUCGGUGCUUCUGAUAGUGAGGAUGAUGAUGUUAAGUGGAUGCCAGCCCCAAGUGAUGCUGAUCCAGAUAAAAUAUUAAGUAGCAGAAAAGCACCAGACAUUAUCAGCAUGCUUGUCAACAUUUAUGGCAGUAAAGACCUGUUUGUGUCUGAGUAUCGCACACUCUUGGCUGAUCGUAUUCUCUCAACUUUUAAUUAUGACACAGAAAAAGAGCUUCGUUAUUUGGAGCUAUUAAAGCUCCGCUUUGGUGAAUCACACUUGCACUUCUGUGAGAUUAUGUUGAAAGAUGUGGCAGACUCAAGAAGAAUUAAUUCUCAUAUUCAGGCAUCAGCCGAAAAUAUUGAUAAUAAAAAGGCAAAUACCAUUCCCUUAACAUCCAUGGUUUUAUCUGCUGUAUUUUGGCCUGCAUUUCGGGAAGAGAAACUCAAAGUUCCUGAGGAAGUGCAAAGUGCCAUGGAUGAGUUUACUCGUGGAUUUGAGGCCCUGAAAGGCAUGCGAACAUUAAGAUGGAAACCUCAUUUGGGUCUAGUUGAGGUUGAAGUUGAACUGGCUGAUCGCACUCUGUCUUUGUCUGUCACACCAACUCAGGCCACUGCAAUUAUGCAUUUUCAAGAAAAAGAACGCUGGACUGUGGAAGAGCUUAGUGGCAUAAUGCAUGUUCCUCCUGGUCUCCUGAGAAGGCGUUUAGGAUUUUGGGUCAGUCAGGGUGUUCUGAAAGAGGAGUCUACAGACACGUUUAUAGUUAUGGAAAAGCAAAAAGGACAACAACGAGCUACAGAAGUUGUCAUGGAUGCAGAAAUAGAAUCCGUGAUGGCUUCUUCACAAGAUCAAAGAGAGGAGGAAUUGCAGGUAUUUUGGUCUUACAUUGUUGGUAUGCUGACCAAUCUGGAAAGUCUGCCAUUGGACAGAAUACAUUCCAUGUUGCGGAUGUUUGCAAUGCAAGGACCCUCAUCUAGCCAGUGCAGUGUGGAUGACUUGAGGAGGUUCCUAGAUCGCAAAGUUAAAGACCAAGAGCUGCAGUUUGUGAAUGGAUUUUACAGGUUACCCAAGUCAGGCAGAUAACAGCGAAUGUCAUGACAAACAAAGAAAGGAAUUGGUAACCUUUGGUAUACCAGCGAUCACAAUAUAGCUGAGGAGUCAAAGCUAAAUAAAAAUGGUACAACAUCACCAUUCAUGCUCUAAUAUUUUAGCAGUUGGCACAAUUCCCUGUUGGGAUGCUUGGUGUGAAAGGUUUCCAUCAAAAAACUUACAGUUGUGUCCAUCAUGAAUGCAUUUAGCUUGCAUGAAGGAAGUGCUACGGAAGGGAAAAUUCACAAAUUCCAAUAAACUUUUAUGACUUUACAAGCACAGAUCAGGGCACUGCCAAGGAAAUCCUCACUCAUACUCUUUCUGCUGAAGAAAUAAGGAUCCAAAAUGUGCCUGGAUACCUUCCAGCACUUUUCAGUAUCAUGCUCAGGUUCAAAAAAUGCUUUACUUGUGAUGGUUUUCUCUAAACUAAAAGUUAAGAAUUUUGAAAGAGUACUCAGAAUAAAGAAGCAACCGAAAGAAAUGAAAGAAUUGUCUAAAGUUCAACAAAAAGACUACUCUUUCUUAAAACAGUUAACUAUUAUUUUAUUAGUCAUUGUAUAGUUACAUCACUCAAAAUUACAUUUUAAUGGAACUUAAAAAGGUUGAACUCAUACAAUCACACAGUUCCAAGAGUGAAAUCUUCAUCCCAUUCUAUUUACACCACCUUUCUAUAGCACAAACUUUCUCUUUACUUUCUACAUCACACACAUUAUUGCUUCUGUUAAAAAAUUAUUCAAAACUUACUAUGGAGAAUCUCUCUUCUUUGUUUCUUUCCAUUCUACAACCCUUCAAAUUCUAAUUAAAUGUCAACCCCUUGAAGUGACUAACAUGUAACUCUCAGUAAUAUCCAUACAUUAUCCAGCAAACAGGUCAGGAGAAUACUCAAAUUAACUUAUCAGCAAGAAGUUUUCAUCCUGAUCUAACACCAAAUUCUUGUAACCAAUUUACAAGGAAAUGUGCAGCUGCUAAAGAAGAGAGUUGACAAUUAGAUCUUUGGAGUUGGCUUAAGAAUUACUUCUUUUCAUGUUUGUUUUAAUGUCGUACUCCAUGAGAACCCAAGUACCAAAAAGUACCCAAGUUGAGUAUUUACUAACCGAUUGAUGAAAUAUGAAAAAUUGUGUCUGUUCUUGGAAACAUAUGCCACAAAAUACAAUUUCAAAAUGUCUAGGUGAGAAGUACUCAAUUAAAAAAUUCAGAACUUAUUUAAAAAGGUUGCCGUCAAAAAAACUUCCACUUCUCAAUGCGAUUUUUUUGUGAAAAGCUAAGUAAUUCUACUGGCUGAAUUUUGUAAACCUACUGUUGUAAUAAUUCUUCCUACAUUUCAUGUAAAAAUGCACGAGUGUUUUUGAGUCAGAGAUGCACAGUCAUAUUAAAAAUAAAAUUCUUCAAUUAACAACC